AUGGGCAUGGGAUAUAUGCGAGCGCCGCUCUGUCUCGCACCGACCAUUGAAAAAAUGAGUGCACCGCAGGCGACCGCGAUUCUCUCUGUGUACGACAAGACGGGCCUGAUUGAGCUUGCAAAGGGCCUUGCCGCGAAGAAUGUGCGCCUGCUUGGCAGCGGCGGCACUGCGCGUGCCGUGCGCGAGGCGGGCAUCGAGAUUGGCGACGUGUCCGACAUUACCAACGCCCCCGAGAUUCUCGGCGGCCGUGUCAAGACGCUGCACCCUGCCGUCCACGGCGGUAUCCUUGCGCGUACGUCGCUCGAGUCGGACCGCAAGGACCUGCAGGAGCAGCAGAUCGCCCCGGUCGACAUUGUCGUCUGCAACCUGUACCCCUUUGAGGAGACCAUUGCGCGCGACCCCGCGCCGAGCAUCGCCGACGCCGUCGAGGAGGUCGACAUUGGCGGCGUGACACUUAUCCGUGCCGCGGCCAAGAACCACGACCGCGUGUGGGUGCUGUGCGACCCGAAGGACUACAGCACCUUCCUCUCGCAGUACGGCGAGGAGAACGACAAGGCGAAGGAGUCGCGCAACCUCUUUGCGCUCAAGGGCUUCACGCACACCGCGCACUACGACGAGGCGAUCAGUAACUACUUCCGCCAGCAGUACGCCGCGCCGCCCCACGACGUCGUGCAGCAGCUCACGCUCCGCUACGGCGCCAACCCCCACCAGAAGCCCGCGCAGGCAUACGUCACCGAGGGCGAGCUGCCGUUCAAGGCGCUGGGCGGCAGCCCCGGCUACAUCAACCUGCUCGAUGGCCUGAACGCCUGGGCGCUCGUCAAGGAGCUCGACGAGGCCACCGGCAUGCCGGCCGCCGCCUCGUUCAAGCACGUCUCGCCGGCCGGUGCCGCGGUCGCCGUGCCUCUGAACGAGACCGAGGCGAAGGCGUACAUGGUGCACGACCUCGGCGAGCUCUCGCCCCUCGCGACGGCCUACGCCCGUGCGCGUGGCGCGGACCGCAUGAGCUCGUUCGGCGACUUCCUUGCGCUGUCGCGCCCGUGUGACGCGCAGACCGCCAAGAUCAUCUCGCGCGAGGUGAGCGACGGUGUGAUUGCGCCUGGCUACGACCAGGCCGCGCUCGACCUGCUGCUCCCCAAGAAGGGCGGCAAGUACUGCGUGCUGCAGAUGGACCCCAACUACGUCCCGGCCGCGCGUGAGUCGCGCCAGGUGUACGGUGUGACGCUCGAGCAGCGCCGCAACGACCUCAAGAUUACGCCCGAGAUGUUUGAGAACGUCGUGACCUCGCGCAAGGACGUGCCGAAGCCGGCCGUGCUCGACAUGAUGGUCGCCACGAUCGCGCUCAAGUACACGCAGUCGAACAGUGUGUGCUAUGCGCUGCGCGGCCAGAUCAUUGGUCUGGGUGCGGGUCAGCAGUCGCGCAUCCACUGCACGCGUCUCGCGGGCGCCAAGGCGGACAACUGGUGGCUGCGCCACCACCCCCGCGUGCUCGGCCUGCCGUUCAAGAAGGGCACCAAGCGCCCGGAGAAGAGCAAUGCGAUCGACCUCUUUGUCGAGGGCGCGAAGCUCGUCGGCGAGGAGCUCAAGCAGUGGCACGACUCCUUCGAGGUCGUCCCGGGCCCGCUCACCGCCGAGGAGCGCGAGCAGCACGCCGCGCAGCUCAAGGACGUCGCGGUGGCCUCAGACGCCUUCUUCCCCUUCCCCGACAAUGUGCACCGCGCCGCGCGCUCGGGCGCGACCUACAUUGCGGCGCCGGGCGGCAGCGUGAUGGACGACGCGUGCGUCGAGGCGGCCAACGGCCACAACAUGGUCGUUGCGCGCACCAACGCGCGUCUCUUCCACCACUAA